CUCGUACUUGACAUGGGCUCGGAGCUCGGACGCUUCGCUCCCUGCAACUGACUAACAGGCAGGCGCAUCGCGCUAGAGCCCACGUCAAGUAUGCACGCGUUAUCCUCAUGUCGCUCCUGCCUCUCCCGCUGCCGCACCCUUGCCUCGGCUCACCAGUCAUCUCUCGUCCGCCUCAGCUCGAUCGCCUCGACAUCGCCGGUAGUGACAGCAGUCAUACGAGAUGCAAGCAGGCCAGUAGGGCCGCCGCUGCAGUCGCAACUGUUCACGUCGCUCAGCAGGCCUGACAUGGCGCGUCCAGAGGCCUUCGUCUCUACUUCCACAGAUCCAUAUUUCAACUUGUCCCUCGAAGACUUUCUCUUUCGCUCGCGCUCACGGCCGCCAAAAGCAUCGCGUAGGAAUGCAACUGCGAAUGCAGAUCCACCAGAUCAACCUCCCGUCCUGCUCCUCUAUCGCAAUGACCCUUGUGUCGUCGUCGGCCGCAAUCAGAAUGCGUGGAAAGAGGUGGACGCACAUACCAUGUGCCAGCGCGGGAUACCGCUAGUCAGAAGGAGAAGCGGAGGUGGGACCGUCUAUCAUGACCUAGGAAAUACGAACUACUCGAUACACGUAUCAAAAGUUGCCUUCGAUCGCAGCACGAAUGCGCACCUGAUCGUUCGCGCUCUCAACCAACCUCCCAUUGACCUCCUCGGCUCGCAUGACGUCGAAGCGUCGCUGGCCCAAGCUGCUGGAAACAAAGAACGUAUUGCCAGUUCUCGAGGGGUCUACGUCAACGAGCGCAACGAUAUUUGCGUUUCACUCAUACCUAACGCGGAGGAUGUAGCAGAAGUAGCAGCGGGCGAGGCAUCUGCGGCGCGGUCCAAAGAGCACGAGCGCAAGGUAUCCGGCUCGGCGUACAAGCUGACGGGCACGCGCGCCUACCACCAUGGCACGAUGCUCCUCUCUUCGGACCUCUCCUCGCUCGGCUCAGCGCUGCACAACGACCGCGGCGACGCGCUUCGCACCAAGGGGAUCGGGAGCGUGCGCGCGCGUGUCGCCAACCUCACAGAGUCGUUCCCGCACGCUGCUGCCGCCGGCAGGUUGACGCACGCGCUAUUCGUGCGCGCCGUCGUGCGCGAGUUCUUCAGGACGUACGGCGGGGAAACAGAACAGGCGGAAGCCAGCUUUGUCGGAGAGGAGAUGCUGCAGCGCGAGCAACGUUUGCGCGAGGGGUACGAAGAGCUGAUAAGCUGGGACUGGACUUACGGCCAAACACCCGAGUUCACGCACGAGCUAUCUACCUCCCGCGCCGCACCGGCAUGCAUGGCCGGCGCAGACUCUGCAGAUAUCACCAGUACUGAGCCAGCGUCUUGGCAGCCAGACUGGCCCUGGAGCGACCGCUGGGGCGACUUCAAGCUGAGCAUCUCGAGCCGGCACGGGCUGAUCGUGGACGCGACGCUGUCGGACGUGCGUUUGGGUUCGUGCGUCCACGAAGCGGCGCUACGCUCGCUCGUGUACGCCUUACACGGACGCAGGUACGACGACUUCGCCACGCGCCCUCCUGGGCGGCUGACGGGUGCAAGUGCCGACGCAGAUGCGGGCACAUAUCAGUCUGAGCUGUUCAGCGGCGCAGAGGGGGAGGAGGGGGAGUUCAAGAAGGGCCUGCUGCUGUGGCUCAAGCGCGUCCUCUAAUAUCCGAUCGCAAGCCUAGAAUCAUGUAUGCAAUGUAGUGUGCGUAGCUUUCUGUUUUCUAUCUUACAUCUGCAAGCAGCC